AUGGCUAGCCAGGGGGGAAAGCAGUUGGUCGGCCAGGGUGUGCCAAGGGGCAGGGGCGGGGCGCAUUGGGAUAAGAGUCAGACAGACAACGGCCUGGCAGCCCUAUGUUGGCGUCCUUUUACUGUGGCGCUCAAGAACUUCAGCUGCGUGGCCCUUGUGCCUGCCAUUACGAACGAGUUCAGCUGCAUUUUCAAUAGAAAACGCAACGAUCCUUCCAUGAGCGUGCGCUUCAAGCUCAACGAGGCAGUCAAACAGUUUAGUGUCCUGGUGGACUUUGAUAUUCUGAAAAGGGAUAACACCAAAAUGAGCGUAGCUCAUAUCAAACUCGAUGGCUGUCAGUACUUGAGGUCCGCGUUUAAAAACAACUUUUAUGGCAAGAUAUUCACCAGGCUGCAGAAACUGGGCAAUUUGCCCAAAAACUGCCCGGUUCAGGCCAACAAACUCUUUGAGAUACGCAACUAA